AUAUGUUCGUCCAGUCCUGUUUGAGAUCUUCCUGCCAUUCUCACUGCACCUCUCGGACGGAUACGUUCAGGCCCCACAUCCUGAACAGUCGUCAUAGGCCGGCCAUGGCUGCCCCGCCCACGCUCCACUUCGUGCUGGUGCCGCUCCCGGCGCAGGGCCACGUGAUCCCCAUGAUGGACCUGGCGCGCCUCCUCGCCGGCCGCGGCGCGCGCGCCACCGUCGUCCUGACUGCCGUCACCGCGGCGCGCAGCCAGGCCGUCCUGGAUCAGGCCCGCCGCGCGGGGCUCCCCGUGGACGUCGCGGAGCUCGAGUUCCCGGGCCCCGCGGUGGGUCUGCCCGUGGGCUUCGAGUGCCUCGACAUGAUCACGAGCUUUCACCAGAUGAAGCUCCUGUACGACGCCGUGUGGCUGCUGGCCGGCCCGCUCGAGUCCUACCUCUGUGCGCUGCCGCGGCGGCCGGACUGCCUUGUCGCCGAUUCCUGCAGCCCGUGGUGCGCGGACGUCGCGCGGAGGCUGGGGCUCCCGCGGCUCGUCUUCAACUGCCCCUCGGCCUUCUUCCUCCUGGCAUCGCAUAACAUCACCAAGGACGGCGUGCACGGCCGCGUUAUGACCGACCUGGAGCCCUUCGAGGUGCCGGGCUUCCCGGUGCCCCUCGUCACGAACAGGGCCAAGACGCUCGGGUUCUUCCAGCUGCCGGCGCUGGAGAGGUUCCGGCGCGACACGAUCGAAGCCGAGGCCACCGCCGACGGCCUGGUCCUCAACACGUGCUUGGCUCUCGAGGCCCCGUUCGUCGAGCGGUACGGCAAGGCGCUCGGCAAGAAAGUCUGGACGGUCGGGCCGCUCUCCCUUUUGGACAACAACGAAGCCGACGCCGAGACGAGGGCCGGGAGAGGAGGCAGCAGCGACGCCGUGCGCGUCGUGUCCUGGCUCGACGCGAUGCUGCGGCAGUCGGUGCUCUACGUCAGCUUCGGCAGCAUCGCGCGGCUGAUGCCGCCGCAGGUCGCCGAGCUCGCGGCCGGCUUAGAGGCGUCCAAACGGCCGUUCGUCUGGGUAGCCAAGGAGACCGACGGCAUAGACGCCGGCUUCGACAAGCGCGUGGCGGGCCGGGGCCUCGUGAUCCGCGAGUGGGCGCCGCAGAUGACCAUCCUGGCUCACCCGGCCGUGGGCGGCUUCCUGACGCACUGCGGCUGGAACUCGACGCUGGAGUCGCUCUCGCACGGCGUGCCGCUCCUGACGUGGCCGCAGUUCGCCGACCAGUUCCUGACAGAGACGCUGGUCGUGGACGUGCUCGGCGCUGGCGUCCGCAUUGGUGCCGAGCUGUUGCCGCCGCCGGUGAUGCAACUCGUCGGGAGGGACGAAGUCGCGAGGGCGGUUGUCGAAUUGAUGGAGGAGGGGACGGCGAUGCGAGCGAGUGCGAUGGAGCUCGCCGUGAAGGCGAGAGAGGCGAUGGCGUCAGGCGGGUCGUCGUAUAUUGAUUCCUUGGACUUGGUUCGCCAUGUUGCGGGGCACGUGAGCAGGAAGGACGAGGAGCAGGGGUGCCAGGAUUGCUCAACUGUUUGAUCGAAUAUGUGAGCAUUGAUUUGGUCUUGGUCCUAGGAAACUGAACUCAGGAUCGUUCUCUUUUCUUUGGAUUGGAAAAAAGAUAGCGAUCAAAAAGAAGGGGGAAAAGAAAUUCUAAUACGUAAUACUAUGCUGUAUUUGAUUU